AACUGUAAGGUUAUAGGUUGAGUGCCUAGGGACAUUUUAAACCAGAGUGUAUAAACUGCCUGUAUGCAAGAAAAGUCUAUAAUAGCAUGUGUGCGGAUGUUGGUACAGUACAGAGUUGGGAAUUCAUCGUGCUGCAACGGUUGUCUGGGACCGGUGAUGUGCCGUAACAUCACGUGGAGGAAAAACACACGAUGUUGAGCACAGUCUGUUCCCUGAUGUACGUUCCUGUGGUCGUAGCCGUUGUGGUGGUGACUGGUCGAAAGGAAGUGAACACUUCUCUAUUCAGUUCCGAGAAUACGACACUGAUACACGAAUCUCAAGCAGAGGAAGUGAUGAAUUGCGAGUUAUUUUAUGAGGGUAGUUCAAGUUACUUGAACAGCACACAGCAAAGACAUUCCCAAAUAAAUAACGCAUCCGAAUUUCGACGUAACUGUGAAUCAGAUAAUGAGGAGGAUAAAAACGACCAUGUGAAAGGAUCACAAUCUGUGACAGAGUCCACAAAUAUAACUCAUAAAAUAAGUCCCCAACAGAGCAAACCAUCCGUAAAUAUACAUCAGUUCAGAAACACCAGUACGAACUUUAAAAUGCUGUUGAAUAUGCGCCAGGAUAUGAACACGAAAUUCUCAAAUGAACACGAACAUACCAGAAACGGCACGGUCUUCACACAGCAAAAAGAUCAACUGGAUAGAGUGCCUGAAUACCACGACGAACUCUCAAGCGAUAUAAGGAAUAACUCACAUCAAACAAAUACUAACAAGAAUACGUCCGUAACACCUGAAUCCAACUCAGAAAAUAGGAAAAAUAGUGCACAAGGUAUCCUGAAACCGCUGAUUGAAGAGGAUGUUCAGCUCAACAGAAGUCUGGCAGAAGCGUGGAAUUACACUGAACAGUUUUUAAAUUCGGGCGACCUUAAUAUUGGCCAAAAAGCCAUACAUUUAACAAAGAAUUACGUGACAAGAAGACGAGUUUGGAUCAGUUAUAUGCAGUUGUUUUCAUCCAAUAAUAAGAACCUGUCUGACGUCUUACUAAGUGAUGGAACUUCACUUCAGGCAAGGAUUAGUGAGUCGAAUGAACUGGAAAGUGCCUUGAGUAAGCUUCAAAAUAUUCACAGACUGGCUACGGUUGUCAAAGUCGAGGAAAAAAACAUUCGUACUUAUUUUGACACUCAUAAUUACAGUGCAAGUUUGUCAUCUGUCCUUGAAACUGAAGCAUACUUGAAUGACUGGGAAGUUGCCGUACACGACAUGAAAGACAUAUCAGUUCAUUUCAGCCUCAAUAAUUACUUUACGUUUCCAUUGAACAAUUCGUUUCAUGUGGUGUCAGAAAGGAAAGUUUACUUAGAAACUAUGAACGAAAGCAUUCACAAAGACUACGUCAGUGCCAUCAAGAAACAAGAGUUAAAAAUGAUAUUCCAAUAUUACGUGUACCCAACAGUUUAUUUAGUGAUACUUGUGUUGGGUGUGGUGGGUAAUGGAGUAUUGAUAUUUGUGUUUGCAAAACACAAGAAAAUUCGCACAACCCCCAACAUCAUGAUUUUCAACCUCGCUUUAGUGGACGUCGUAAACCUGUUUAUAAAUUCACCAUUGUACUACAUCUCCAAGUACCACAGUCAGUGGAUGUAUCUGGGUGGCUAUGGCUGCAGGGUCUUCGCUACAUUCCGCUUUCUUAAUCACACAAUUAUCGAGCUAUCUAUUGUAGCGCUGAGCGUCCAGCGCUACUGCGCAGUCGCAUCAACCAUGCGCAAAGCAAGGACACGGCAGAGAUUAUCAGCGCGUGCCAGAACUCUUACCUUCAUUCUUACAGUAUGGCUCAUAGCUCUAGUUUUUUCACUGCCACCUUCCAUAGUUUUCGAGUACCCAAACGGCGUAUGUUUUCCGUUAGUAAAAUCUCAAAUUGUUGUUAAAGUACUCGAUAUAUUUUAUUUCGUGUUCUUUUGUUUUGUUCUUCCGAUAUCAAUGGCCGUGUUCAGCGUCAUGACAGCUCGGAAGUUGAGACAAAGUGUACUUAAUAUUCCUGGAGAACUUCGUUACAAAACCCAGGAAAUAACUCGGUACAGAAGUGCCAAGGUUGUUACUGCUCUGGCUAUUACUUACGCGAUCAGCCAUAUUCCAAGAUCUAUCUGGUUCUUCUUAGUGUCUUUCUACCACCUUGACAGACAUGAAAUGAAGUUCAUGUGCAUUGAUGAGGUGACGAACUACCUAAUUUUAUCUAAUUCUUGCCUGAACCCAUUUGCACUGUAUAUUGCCAGUAGAAACUUCAGGCGGCUAUUUAAUCGCCAUCUGUUUUGUAUUCAGGAAAACAAUCAGCAAGCCAGGCCUCAGCACCGUCAAGUUACUGCCAGCAAUAGCAGCACACGGUUAAUAUUUUUUAUAGACUCUGAUACAGAAGACAUGACCAGUUCUAAAGACUCUUUUCAUAGACUAAAUAUUCCCAAGAAACAAAGUGAAGUUGUAAGUGUUAAUCCAAGUGUUUAAUAAAAGCUAACUAAAACUAAC